CACACCCACACAGCUUCCCGUGUAGCUGUUACACACUUGUUUGUUGUGUGUGUUCCUGUCUCGUGAUUCGUGACGGAUUUCUGUGCGUACUACACGUUUAUAUUAGAGACACAAUGUGUAUGUGUGUUAAAGUGUUGUGUGUUGUGAUUGAGAAAUAUAUUGAUUCCCUUUCAAUGUGUUAACAUCAUGAGGUAAGCUUGUGUAUUGAAUGUACACUGCAGGCUAAGUCUCCUGACACUUUGUUUUGUUAGCGGAGACUGGCGGGUGAAACGAAACUUAUUGAGCUGACUCAACAUUUGAUCAUUUUGUAAUAAACUGUGAUGGCGGCAUAUCGAGAGAAGCCAGUGACAGGAAGAACGUCUACUUUAGUUGUUAAAACUAAUAGUCACGUGCUUUCUAAAGUCCUUCGUGAGUGAUGCUUUAACACGAGAUUCAUUAAUCAUGGAUGAUCGCCGUCAUUUGCUGGACACCAACCAGCCAGAUGACCAUAAAGAUGGUACCAGUAAUGGACAUAAGUCAACGACAGAUAGUAAAAACGCAUCCAGUCGCUCCUAUUAUGGCAGUAUUGACACGGGCGCUUCUAUUGGUGGCCAUGAAGUAAAAACAAAACAAAAGACAAGAAUUUCUCUCACCCUUACCCUGUUAGGACUGCGUCAAGCGGAAGCGCUGUUCGGUCAAUGUGUCCAGCCAAUCUGCUACUGUAGUGGUCAUUGUGUCCAGAUCACAACAUUCUCGUCUUUUGCAUGGCCAUUGUUGACACAUCCUCCCCUUCUCCACCCCCUCCCCAAGUUUUCCCAUUAUGAGAAUAUCAGUUUGUCUUGGGCUGAUCAAUUCAUUGCAUCUGUUCACGCCUUGACUGAAGAGUUCAAGUCCACACCUCCACCAACUACUAUCCAUUUUCUAUCGCCACCAUCGGCGGCGUCGGAGAUUCUCAUCUCUUCAGGUCAACAAGACAGAAACCCAGGGCAACAGGACAGCAUCACAGGGAAGCCAGAGACACAAGUCUUUACCGUCUCUGAGCGUACUGAAAGUCCGGCGCUAUUAGAAGAUAGCCAUGCAAGUGAUCAGAAAGAGAACAGCUUAACCCUAUCCACCAAACAAAAUCUCCCUGGGGCGCUCGGAAAUUCUAACUCUUCUGUAGGCCGAGGAAGUAUCUCAGAGAAGGAAACAUCGUUACAUGAGAAAAGUAUUUCUGGUUCAGGAUUCUUGAAGGGAUUAAAGCAUCUCCUGUUACCUGGUGCUCACACUGACGGUCCAGACUGUGAAUCAGAUCCAUUGUACCCUAAACAAACCCAGGAGACCAUGGAACACGCUGCUGUUAACGGUUUCCAUAGCAAAAAGAAAGAUCCCAAUGCAGAACCGGAUAAACCAACGGCCUUCGUCUACUACUUGGCUUGCUUUGCGACGAUUGGUGGAUUACUAUUUGGAUAUGAUACAGGUAUUGUGUCUGGCGCCAUGCUGAUGAUUGGGGACUACUACAACUUAAAUACAAUCUGGAAGGAGCUGAUCGUCAGUGGAACUGUGGGCGCCGCCGCCAUCUUUGCCUUAUUUGCUGGCUUCACCUGUGAUUACUUGGGCAGAAAGAUCACUAUCAUGAUUGCUUCCCUUGUGUUUGUGGCUGGUGCAGUCGUGAUGGGAGCUGCGCAGAGCAAAGAAAUGUUGCUAGUUGGCAGAAUCGUAGUUGGAGCUGGCAUCGGCUUCGCCUCCAUGACAGUGCCUGUGUAUAUAGCAGAAGCUGCACCGUCAAGUAUCAGAGGUCGCCUUGUUACACUGAACCAGCUGUUCAUCACCAUAGGCAUUUUGAUCUCCAGUGUCGUCGCUGGUGGGUUCAAUAGUAUGAAACCUGAGGGCUGGAGGUAUAUGUUGGGUCUUGCUGGUGUCCCAGGAAUCAUUCAGUUUGUAGGCUUCAUCUUCCUGCCGGAGUCACCUCGCUGGCUGGUGGCCAAAGGAAAGGACGAGAAAGCCAGGAAAGUGUUACGUCAGAUCCGUGGGAAAGAUGACGUCAACGAAGAGGUGAAAGAAAUCCAGGAAGCUCUUGAGGAGAGUAGGAAACAGUCAGGUUUUGUUUUAAUGCGUGUUUUGCAGACCCCCCAUGUCUUGAAAGCCAUGUUGAUAGGAUGUGGUCUUCAAGUGUUUCAACAGUUGUGUGGUAUCAACACAGUUAUCUAUUACAGCGCCACUAUUCUACGAAUGGCGGGUUUCCCGGCAGACGUAGCCAUCUGGUUGGUUCUUGUACCUAAUGGUAUCAACUUUUUAGCUACAAUAGCUGGUGUGGCACUAGUGGAGCGACUUGGUAGGAAAAAACUUUUAAUUGGCAGUUUUGCAGGUGUGGUGACCGCCCUUGUAGUUCUGGCUGUGGGGUUUCAACUGUCCGCCAACUUCUCUCCAGACUUGGACUUGAGUAUGAAAGAGUUUUAUCCCAACUCAACAUUAGCUCAGGAUCAAUGUAGCAACUACAGCUCCAACCACUUCAGUAAUUGUGAACAGUGCAUUGAGAAAACAGAGUGUGGUUUCUGUUUCGUGGACAGUCAUGGUUCCAAUGGAAGCUGCGUGUUAGCAAACAAGGACAAGGCCGAUGAAGGCGCCGAAUAUGGAAGGUGUAUAAACAAUGACACUCUACGAAACUCUAGCACCACCUGGUCACACGGGUACUGCCCUACAGACUUCACGCCCAUGGCGGUGAUUGGUCUGGCGUUGUUCGUGUUGGCAUUUGCCCCAGGCCUGGGUCCUAUGCCGUGGACUAUCAACUCUGAGAUUUACCCUAACUGGGCCAGAAGUACGUGUAACUCGAUAGCCACCGGAUGUAACUGGAUCUGUAAUCUCAUUGUGUCACUCUUCUUUUUAACUCUGACCGAAACAAUUACAAAAUAUGGUGCUUUUUGGCUUUUUGCUGGCAUUUGUUUCCUAGGCAUGCUCUUCACCAUCAUCUUUGUCCCUGAGACCAAGAACAAAUCUCUGGAAGAAGUGGAACAGUUGUUCAAGGGAGGUAAAAAAGGAAAAGACAACUUGGGCUACGAAAAAGAUAUAACCGACCCAGCACCUCAUAAGACAGACACCAGACUUUAAAACUGAGCUACAGCUAAUUGAUACGGUCUUUAAUUUAUGUCAAAGUUGACCUUAUGGAACAAACAGGCUGUCUCUCGAUGAGAUGGCCCACUUAUAAUUUUGUCUUUCAAUGAGUUUUACACAAAAAUAAACACAAAAUAAAUAAUGUUACCUGCUCUUAAACACACAAAUACAAACACACAACUCCUGGAUUGAGAUAAACUUAAAUUUUGAACACCUUACAAACACAUAAAACUGCAAUUUUAUUACAUAUUUUUAUAUUUAGACUAGACUUCGAUGUGAUUGAUUUGAUGCAAACAUACCAACUGUGUAAAAAAAAAUACACUGUCAAAUGAAGUCAAAUCAAGUUCAUCUUUAAACCCCAUAUAAAUACAAUCUUUUGUGUGUUCUAAGAGCUGAGUUAAGGUAGACACUGAGCUAAAGUAAUCAACUAAUGAUGAAUUUUAUUUACUGCAAAUGAAUUUCGAAACAUUGCAGCUCUAUUAGUAGCAGUAGAUUUAAGCAAAUAUUUAGAUGUAAUGUUAUGUGAUUGAAGAGACACUGAUUUGUCUCAAUCAUUCCGUAGAUGUAGAGUUGGAAGGAAACUAUUCCAAUCAUAUCUCCUGCUUGUUGAGUUGACUAUGAGGGACAUUUAAGUUUGCUUGUAAAUAUAACGCCUAUCUAUUUAAUGAUCAAUGAUUUCUGAGCUACAUGACAUGUAAGCUACAUGACAUAUGAUAUAUAAGUUACAUGACAUGUGAUAUAAAAACUAAAUGUCAUGUGACAACUACAUUGAGCUACUGGGUGCAUAUGUUUUUGUAUGAUUAUGUUACUGUUAUUUCCAUGUUGAAAUCAUAAGACAUGAUAAUUUAUGAAUUAUGUACAAUAAUAUCUGACAAUAUAUACCUUUGGGAUGUCUGAGGUAUUCAUAACUAAUCAUCUUAUUUCAUUUUAAGUAUUUGCAUAAGAUAUGUGAUAAUUAUUCAUUUCAUUGACUUGAAUUGUGAUCAUCAAUGUCACUAGUGACUCUAGGACAUACUAACGACAGUUUAGAAUGCAUGGAUUACGUUUGAAUGACUGCUCAUAACAAAGUAAACAGAACCUGCAGCCUACAAAAGUAGAGCACCUGGUCUGCGAACCUGGCAGCCUACAAAGUAGAGCACCUAGUCUGCUAACCUGGCAGCCCACAAAGUAGAGCACCUGGUCUGCGAACCUGGCAGCCUACAAAGUAGAGCACCUGGUCUGCGAACCUGGCAGCCUACAAAGUAGAGCACCUGGUCUGCGAACCUGGCAGCCUACAAAGUAGAGCACCUGGUCUGCGAACCUGGCAGCCUACAAAGUAGAGCACCUGGUCUGCGAACCUGGCAGCCUACAAAGUAGAGCACCUGGUCUGCGAACCUGGCAGCCUACAAAGUAGAGCACCUGGUCUGCGAACCCUAAAUACUGGGGGACAUUUCUUUUCUCCCUAGAACUCUGCAUCGUUUCUGAUUCCUGGCAGUUGUUUUAAACAACGGAAGUCUACGUUUAACAAAGCACAACCUUGACCUUUUACUUUCACCUUUUUUGUUUGCCUAUCCCUUAGUCUGCUGGACCGUUGGGGCACCACGCAAGAUUCGUCGACCGUCCUUCUCCGUUCCUCCCUGUCCCUUGCCUUAGUUAGAACCUCAUUCAAUGGCAUGCCCGUUCAUUCUUUUAUGUUGUCCUCCCAUCGCAUUCUCUGUCUGUCCCUUCUUCUUUUUCCUGGUACUGUUCCCUGAAGGAAGAUCAUAGCGAGCCCUGAAGAUCUUGUAAUAUGGCCAUAGAUUUUUAGCUUGCGUUGUUUUUACGAUAGUUAGCAGGUCAUCAUGGGGUCCAAUCGCUGCAGUAACCCUGUCUCUAAUCUCUUGGUUUGUGCUGCGGUCUUUGAAUUUGAUGCCUUGAAUCCUAGUCAGGAAAUUUGACUCAAGUGUCUGCUACUGGUUCAUUAGGAAGCAGUUGAUUUGAUCAAAAAAAAGGUCAGCCAUGGAUUGGCAAACAUUCCGGAGGAGGAGAGAGGGGGGGGGGUCAGAAGAAAAGCGAAGAUAAUUGUUGGAAAAUAAAUUUAAAGCAGGUACCUUCAACUGGAGAAUGAUUUGGUUAAAACACCAGACUCUCAGUGAUGUGAUGUUCCAACCAUUGAUAGGUUAAAACGAAUUUUGAAUGUUUAUUAGUGUUGUCUAUAAAUAUUUAUCUACCUUUUUUUUUUGUCUAUACGUUUAUAUUUGCCGAGCAAAACGAAUUUAUAAGUUUUAUUAUAAGAUUUAUUUGUCAACUACUUAAAGUAAGACAGAUAACCGUGAAAAAUGAAUUCAUUUAGUUUAUUAUUGGUUAUGUUUCCUUGUUUCAUUUUGUAAUCUAAUGAGUGAUGUAAUUUCUUCUGCCCUGUUUGUUUCAUUCUAUACUUUGAGUUUGAUAUAAACUUAGGUGAUGUAUUCCUAGAUGUAUACACCUAGUGCUAGGAUGUGCAUCCUUAAUGGUGACAUGACUCUAGAUGUAUACACCUAGUGCUAGGAUGUGCAUCCUUAAUGGUGACAUGACUCUAGGAGAAGGCAUACGUUAUAGGAAGGCGUGAGUACAUUGAGCUUAGAAUCUAACUCUUAAUAUAAUCUCUAUUCAACUCUAAAGAAAGGCCGCACGUUAGGAGGAUCUGUGGGUCCAUGAUUUUAAAUGAUCAAAAUAAUUUAUAGGAAUUACUAUAUCGGGGAGGGGGGGAAAUAGGAAAGGACGGGUAUACUUAACUUCAUCGUUUGAAAAGUUACAUGGCACAUUACAACUAUUCAUUAUUUCUUAAAAUUUCAGACAUGGCUAAUGUCUACUUAAAAUGAAAUGAAUUUUUACUUGUAGCCACUUUUUAAGUUUUGUUACUUUUCAAAAGACUAUUUCUAGCAUUGAAAGAAGCCUGGCGGUGGCCCUAAGUUGCUAAAUGUUAGGAGCGGUAAUAAUGGGCGACUGAAACGUAUUAGAAAACUGAAUGUUUCAUUUCGUCUUCAGUUUGACUGACGUGAAGACACUCUCUGUGUGUCCCUCACAGGGAAUUGUUUUAGUUUUAUCUUGGAGGAGGAAGCUGGAACGAAUGCAAUAAUACUGGCGUGUGUGUGUGAGUGUGAGUGAGUGAGUGAGUGGUAGAUGUUAAAAGAUAGAGAGAAAAAAUGUGACAAAGUGAGAGAUAUUGACACCUAACCCUAACGACCUAGAGCUAUAAAUGUAAAGUUUUCAUCGUAUUUUAUCUAUUGAAAUAUUUUGUCAUUUACAAUAAAAAAAAUUUUUUAAAAGGAAA